CUCCACACUCCACUUGGUAGCUGUUGGCUACAGGUUGUGGAUGAGGACUGAGGUCCGCGUCAAAGCUCAAAAACGGCACAUUAAAAAAAAAAAAAAAAAAUUUAAAGUGACGUUGAUGCUUCAUUUUUGGAGAACUUCCCUCAACAUGAGGGCCCAUAUUUGAUUUUUUUGGGGGGAUAUUGAACACAGGUUGCCAGUUGCUCCAAGUUCAAUAUCCAUUUUCCAGACUUUGGGCGAACUGAACUGGGGCGCAAUUACGCACGCUUAACCAUGGCACCGAUUUUGGAUAAACGCGCUCCGGCUUUGCUCUUAAUUUGGAGCUACUGCGUCCUAGCGGAUUCGGCCUUUACGAACUUUACUUUGGACAACGAGUUCCACUCCAGUUUCAUCCACCGUCGUCUUAAGAGCCAGGAGCGCAGAGAGAUGCAGCGGGAGAUCCUGUCGAUCCUGGGGCUGCCACACCGGCCGCGACCCCACCUCCACGGAAAACACAAUGCAGCCCCCAUGUUUAUGUUGGACUUGUACAACGCCAUGUCCACAGAGGGGGACGAGGACAGAUACUCUUAUCCCUACAAACCCGUCUUCACCACGCAGGGGCCCCCGAUAGCCAGCCUGCAAGACAACAACUUCUUGAACGAUGCAGACAUGGUCAUGAGUUUUGUCAAUUUAGUGGAACACGACAGGGAAUUCCUACCAGUGCGGCGGCAUCAUCGAGAGUUUAGAUUUGAUCUAUCACGGAUCCCCGAGGGUGAAGCGGUCACUGCGGCAGAGUUUCGGAUUUAUAAAGACUUCAUCCACGAACGAUAUGAUAAUGAGACCUUCCGCAUCAGUGUCUACCAGGUACUGGAGGAACACUCUGACAGGGAAUCCGAUCUUUUUCUGCUGGACUCUCGUGUGAUCUGGGCAGCAGAAGAGGGCUGGUUGGUGUUUGAUGUAACAGCCACCAGUAACCACUGGGUCCUGAACCCUGGCAGGAAUCUGGGUCUACAGCUGGCCCUGGAGAGUACAAAUGGAGAAAGUAUCAAUCCACGUGUGGCCGGGCUGAUUGGCCGCAGUGGACCUCAGAAUAAACAGCCCUUCAUGGUGGCCUUCUUCAAAGCCACUGAGGUGCACCUGCGCAGCAUUCGCUCAGCACCCGGGGGGACCAAACAACGUAACCCCAACCGCUCCAAAGGGGCAAAGAGCCAAGAAGCGCUGAGAGUGGCCAACGUUGCAGAAAACAGCAGUACUGAUCAGAAGCAGGCCUGUAAGAAGCAUGAACUCUACGUCAGUUUCAGAGACCUGGGUUGGCAGGACUGGAUCAUUGCUCCGGAGGGAUACGCAGCGUACUAUUGUGAGGGAGAGUGUGCCUUCCCAUUGAACUCCUACAUGAACGCCACAAACCAUGCUAUUGUGCAAACCCUUGUUCAUUUCAUUAACCCAGACACGGUUCCUAAACCUUGCUGUGCCCCCACGCAGCUCCACGCCAUCUCCGUGCUCUACUUUGACGACAGCUCCAAUGUCAUUCUAAAGAAAUACCGCAACAUGGUGGUCAGAGCCUGUGGCUGCCACUAGACUGUCAGUACCGUCACAAUGGAGACAACACAAUCUAGAAGAGAGCGCUAAUGCGGGCUGUCAGGCACCACUUUGGGCUUGGCAUCGGAAACGUAGAGAACGUUACAGAAAAUAGAGUAUGCAUAAGCAUUGAAGAGUCAAGCUCUGAUUUUGUUUCACGAUUUGUCCACAACGCGUCUUUAAAUGUUAAAGACUGAAACAGGAAUUUCAAUCCGUUUUAGAUUCCUCUCAAACAUACACGCACAAACAAACACAAACCCGCACACACACACUCACGUUUGUGCUUUCUACUGUGUAUACCAGACAUUUAAAGCAGUGAUUGUACUGUAUAUUCAUUCACAAUCGACAAUCUUUUGUUUAUUUCAGUAAUUGUAAUUGUAGUUCAUCCUUUUACUGUAGAUUAUAUUAUAUUAUAUAUAUAAAUAUAUAUUUUUAUGACUGACAGACCAGGAUGGAAGUUCUGAUUUUAUGAACUCUUCUAUGUACAAUACUGUGUAAAUAAUUUUUCAAACAAAACAAGAUGUGUAUUUAUUUCCUGGAAUGUCACUGGUGGUUUCUCUUCUAUGUAAUGCUGCCUGUUUUCUUUCAUAUAAUAGUACACACAAAACUCUGAGGAGACGAAAAAUAGAAAAGUACUUCAACGUGAGCAUUGAAUUUAAAGUCAUUGCUCCUCUUCGUCUUCGUGUGUUCACGUAUCCCGCGCGCUGGCAGCGGGAAGCAAUUUAUGACAAGUUGGACCUGUGGAAACGUCUACAUAUUUCAUUAGUCGAAGCUGUUACAUAAACCUGGGGCACAUUUUCAUGACAUCAAUAAAAUGAACUGUCAGAGUCAGAGAAAACGCCUUUGUACCUAGUAUCGUGUUCUGUGUACUAGACAUUUUCAUGUUUAUAUUCCUCCUGCUGUAAAACCAUCUGUCAUAUUUAAAAAGAUUUAUUUAUUGAAAGCUGGCUGAGCUGUUCUACAGAGUGCCCGAUGUCUCGACCGGGUUUUACUGCUGAACUGGUACAACAAUAAACUGGGAGACAAGCAACAACAA